CUGCCGUUGCAUGGUUAACACACCUGGUUAGAAGACUGGCGGACCGGUGGCACUAAAACCGGUGGUCAUCCAACGUCGGCGAAAACUCUCCAGGACUUAGCGGACAAGCCCACAGUCUGACAGUGAGGGAACUUCCAACCGUUGUAGAGAGAGGCUACCAUCAGCCCCGCAUGUGUGGUUUCCCAUCUGGAGGCGGGGUCACAUAAACAACAUGAUGAGGAAGAGUCUUCUGAUGCACCAUGCGCAGGUUCAUCCCUACAUCGCUAAGAUUGAGGAGGAGGAGGGCGAGUCUGGGGAUCAGUCUGGAGACGCCACGACGUCAGCCCGUUCCCAGUCUUACAUCAAGGAUGCGGCACCUGUGCCCACUCGUGCCCACGUUCAAGGAGACACUAAGAAACAGACUCUCUCCCAAGAUGUCGCUCUGCAGGCCUACCGUGCCCGGGGUGCUGCGAGAGCGGCACAAGGCCCUUCCGUACAGAGUGAGACGCCUGCAGCGGUAGAGGCGGCGUGUUUUCGGGGCUGCAUGUCAUGGCUGUGGCAGCAAAGGCCAAUAAAGAUUAUUUGUUUAGUCCUGAUACCGCUGGCGUUGUAUGGAGGGGACGUGAUCCCAGACAUCCUCCUAGCGGUGCAGUACUACCAGGCAAACCAACUGCAGUACUUCGGACUGACGCUAGGCUUCGUCCUGGGCCCGUCAGUAAUCGUGCAGGUGGUGUCUAUGAUAGUGCUGUCCCAGGAGACUGAUGUUCUGACGGCAGGUAGGGCAGUGCUGUACGUCCUGCACCUGUUCCAGCUGGGCGUGGUCAUCAACUACGUGGCGCUGUUCCUCCGGGUGUGGCGGCGGAUGAAAGUGACGCACAAGCGCCACGUCGCUAAAGGCCUCGCUGUGCUCCACCUGUUCGAAGCUGCACUUGAGUCCGUGCCACAGCUGUGCCUGCAGUUGUUCAUCGUUUUGCAGGGAGGCGCAGCUAGCGCUGUGCAGAUCCUGUCCAUGGCUGUGUCACUGCUCGCUUCCAUCAAAUCCGUGCUUGUCGCUUUCCACGUCUUCACGCCCAAGGAGGAAAACCUGCGCUUUGGGAUGAUCGCCGUCCGCUUCACUAUCAUCCUCUUCUGGAAGGUUCUAGAGGUCUGCGCACGCGUGCUUGUGAUCGGGCUGUUCGCCUCUGCGUUUGGAAGCUGGUGUCUGCUGCCGCUGGGCGCACAGUGGGUCGUCAUGGUAACGGUGACGCUGUGGUCGGAACCCUCCGCGCGGGACUGUAUGGGGUUCCUGCUGGCCGUACUGUCCGCUGCCGUGGACACGUUCAGCGUCACGUUCUCCAUGGACCACAACAGAACCUUCUGGACCAACUCCUUCCUCACCCUGGCCGGAAACGUCGCCAUGGCAACGGCCUGGUACAUCCUGCGGACCGCGCAGCAGUGGUACGACCUGCCCGCACUGAUCUUCAUCACGGCGGGUUCGGGGGUGGGGGGUAUCCUGGGGGGUGUUCUGGCCGUGGUGUAUGAGCGUUUGAAGACUCCCUGGCACUCCUGCACCAGACUCCUUAGCAGGACAUAAAGAAGUACAGCGGGGACAGUGUGGCCGGGUCUUGCGAAGUGAGCUCCUCAAAAUAAAAUA